AUUUCAUGGGAAUGAAAGUGUUAAGUUAGCUAUAUUUAACAAUAAAAAAUAUGGUUGCCCAUGAAUCAAAUAAAAACAUUUUUAGGAUGCAUUAACAAAUGUUGCCAGACUCAAUAUCAAAAUUAGUCACUUAAGGAAAUAUAUUAUUCCACAACGAAAUAAUAGUUUUUGACAGUACAGAGUACACUAUAAGUAGGAAUCACAAGACGAAAAUGAAAGUAGACAACCGGAAGUUCUUCGGUAAAUGUUUAGUUCAUGGAAUUUUUCACAACAAUACUGACUCUAAAACCCGACUCAUUUUCUUCACGAUGGGAACAAAGACGAGACUGAACUGAGAUUACUGUGAAGAAAAUACGUCAAAAUGGUUGGGAGGAGGAGCACGCUGCUUGUAACAAAGCGCAGUUUGCGCAACUCUGACUCACGACCUGGUAAAAGGCCAAGACGAAUAGUGCAACCAAAAGUGUUGGAUGACACUGUUGGAAUGUCUCGAAGAGAGGAACAAGAAUUGAACAAAGCUUUGUAUGCAUCUUUACAAGACAGUCGCCGUUCUCGGUCAAUGCCAAUCUUGCAAUGUAUUUCAAGCAGCAGUAUUAGCUCAAGUAGCCAUGAGACAAGCAUCAGCAGUCAUCAAAGUAACGGAGGGAGAAGCCCUCACAAGGCAUCUUAUAAGUCUACUAGACAUUCCACGGGCAAUCACAAAUCGGAAAAGCUUUCUCUUAGCAAGCGGCGCUCGUUUCCCUCAUCUACUCUCUCCCCAAAGAGAUUACUGAGGAGAACUGGAAGUCAAAGACAAACCUCUAGUUCGACAUCCACUCCGUCGAGCACCCCAACCCGGGGGAUUUCUCACUUGGCCAGUGUCAAUGUGGAUGAGAGCAGUAAGGAUUCUGUUCGCUCUUCCUCCAGUUCAGUCAAUGGAUCAAAAAGUUAUUUCGACAGGAAAAUCCACGCCCAGAGGAAGUUCGCUCAAGGGUGCUCCUUGCCAGGAACUCCAACCAGCACCCCGGCCAAGUCGAUCAACACGCCAGUGAAGCUUCUCUCCUCGCGCAUCCCAAAGACUGAGGACUUCCUCACAUUCUUGUGUCUCAGAGGCUCGCCCAUUUUGCCAGCUCACUUAGACUUCUUCAACUUCUCUCGGGAAGAAAUGCCAUUGAGGGACGAGGGCCCGCGGCCAUCCUCCUCAGCUGGAACAAAAGCUAAGCGACAAAGGGAGAGCACACCUGAUUCAUCCAGUAGUAGUGUUGCUAACGAUGAAGUAGCUGAAGCAGCUGGAGUCUCUACUCCUCCUCUGGCUGGCAGGACCAGUAGUCUGUUGGCGAAACACUCUGCGGCACGGGCCAGCGCUGGGACCCCAGAGACGGCCCGUGGCAUCGUGAGUCUGCGCCAGGGCCUGCAGCGCAAGGUAUCCACCUCUUCCUCCUCCUCCUCUUCCCCCUCCUUGGCACGUUUUCCCAUCUCCGUCUCAUCCUCCCCUUCUCGUCUGCACCCGGUGUCAGGGCUUACUAACACCCCACCUUCUAGAUAUCGUAACAAGUUCUACUUCACCCCAGAGAAAUCUCCGUCACCUUCCAAGGCCAGUGGUGUGCUCCCAGGGGAGUUCACUCCACCGUCCUUGAUGUCCUCUGCUCGCUCGGCCAGAUCCUCCUCUUACUUUGGCUCUGUGGGCAAAUUCUCACCGCUGGUGUGUUGUCCUUCCUCCAAGCUGGGGACCUCAUCCUCCUCCUCGUCCUUGGACCUUUCUGCAAGGGGCAUCUCCUCCUCCUCGACAUCGUCUUCGUCGUCGUCUAGAGGCCCUUCCGCUGUGCACAGCAGCAUCCACAGGAAGCGAACGUCUUCAGCGCUGUCUGGCAGAAGCCCCAACAAGGUAACUGCUUCUCACCACUCACUUCUGCCUGCUUCCCCACCCGGCUUAGGUGUGAGCAAGCGCUGUAGGUUAGCUCCACAGGGCUGCUUGUCCUCUUCCUCACCCUCCCUGACCCAUUCUCCUUCCCCUCCUCCUUCAUCGUCAUCAUCCUCAUCCCCCGAGCCACAAAUAGACCUUACUUCCUGUGACUUGACGCCAUCGGCUGUGUCAUCAAUCGACCAUACUUUUCCGUCAGUCUCAACAUCUCUCGCGUCUUCAAUUUGUGCUUUGCCUGAACCCUCCACAAGAUUUGCUCAUCGAGAAAACAUAACAGAUGCUGAGAAGUACUUUGUUGAAGCUGUGAGAGAAGAUCCACCACUCAAUGAGCAUCACAACUACUGCACUUCCAAGCCUUGUGCCCAUACAACAGGUUCCUUGUCUGCAUCAGAAAGCAACUGUGGCCAUGCAGUCUCAAGAACACCCCACACUGCGUGUCUGGAUAGCGACUCCCUCUCUUCAUUCACAUUCAGUCACCCUCUGACUCACUGCCCCCCUAGCCACAAGCAUCAUUGUAAUGCUUCUAGAGCAACUAACUGUAACCACUCUAAAUCUUCUUGCCAAGACUUUCAUUCUCCUAACUCCUUGUGCUCUUUGCAUGCAUGUGGGAAGACUUACUCAGGUGGUGUGAAUACUAACUCAUCUUUUUUGUUGCAUGAAAACCGUUGUGACUGCCGGAGUAGUUUAGUGCAUGACUGCUUCCAUAAUGACCCGAUGUUGCGGGGCUGUGCGUCAUAUGAUAACUCUGUCCGUCGUGUCUCUUGUUCCUCUUGUCAAUAUUGCCUUUGUGCAUGCCGCAGACCACAAUCUAGUUAUGUUCAUGAAAGUUGUCCCUCCAACAGUGUGAACAAACCUGCCGAGUUGAUCGACGCUCUGAGUUCAUUGCUAGAUAGAGAAUACCCUUUGCCAUCUGCUACAGAGAUUGAAAAUAUACUGGGCAGUGAGUACUGUAUUAGUAACAAUGACACAAGUGUGAUUGAUGAAGGGAACGAGGACUGUGAGGUAGGUUUUGAUAGCUUUGGUAAUGAGGGGUUGGGUGAUAGAGAACUGGAUCUUGUUGAUGUAGAUAUUGAAGCAAAGGUUGAUCAUGUUCAACGUAUUGCUUUUGAUGAUAGAGGCAUGGAUUUAUUCCCUGUAACAAAUGCUGAAAAUGUGGAAAGUGCAGGUGAAUUAAUAGAAGACCAGAGUUUAAAGAACGUUGGAAGACGAAAAAAUAAGAGAAGAGAGGAUACUCAUCACAGACAUAGAAGGAAAAAGAAAAAAGAGGAAUUAGAAAGAAAGAGGAAAAGAGAGAAGAGAUACUGUUUGGUGAAGGAAGUACCUAAGCUGAAAAUCCGGAUUGUCCGCAGAAUGGGAGAAGUGACUCACACUGUACAGAAAUUUAAGGGCAAGAGGAGUGAGAACUACAAAGCUAAAGAUUUUCAGGGUGAGUUUGUGAAGAUGUUAAAGGCUGAUGGUGUCGCGUACUCUGUAUCGAGCGCUCUUGAUGAUAAUGAUAAAUAUAUAGAAUGCAAGGAGGAUGGCUUCGGUCUUGGGGAUCAUGGCACAGAGAUGUCGGGUGUAUUGAGAAGGAAAACUUUGUCACCAAACACUAUAAGUGAAGAAACCCACACCCCGCAGUUUGGCGAAAACUCUGCGCCUAAAGAGAACAGGAGCUUCAACAUAGGUACUGAAAACCUGAGUUCUCAAAGAGAAGAGAGAACUGUUUUAGACAAUAAUUGUUUUCUCGUGAAAAAUCAAGAUAUGACACAGCUUCCCUUUUCUGAUAAAGAUGUUCACAAAAAGUCCAAGCAUCUGUGGCAAAAGAGCCGUAAAGUGUUGAAGAAGUCGACAAAGUUAGCAGACAGCAUUGUUCUGCGAGACAGGGUUAUCUCUGCCUUUGCUAAGUUCAACCGUAAGGAGACCAUUGAGAGUAGUUUGCAGGUCACCAGGGAAAAUGGAGGUAUUGGACCUGGGUUUGAAGAUGACAGCACAUCAACUGUAGAUAAAGAUGACAGCCUCAGUGGCGAAGCUGAUACUGCGCAUAAAGCUGAAGAGAAGGAUUUGUCAAAAGAAAGUCCUGGAAAAGAGGAAGAUGAGCUGAAAGAUGAUAAACAGAAUUUCUUUGAUUUCAGCUUUCAAGAGACAAAAGCUUGCCCUGAUGGGACAUGUGUUGCUGUGAACAACGGUGACGAUGCGCAGUUAACAAAAGAUGAAAAUGGAACUGGUGAGACAAUUUGGAAGACUUCAGCUAUUUCCCAAAAGUCUGUGGUACCCUGUGAACAAGGAGAGGUGCCUAGUGUCAGUGUUGAAGUCUGUAAAGAGCGUGGUUGUGAGUUUCUGAUACAGCAUUCAAGAGAAUCGCAAAAUGCCCAACAGUCAUCAACAUAUUCUACUUGCCCGUGUACUGUUGUUAAAACCAGCACUAGUUAUCCCAGUGGUGACAGUUCACCAGAUGGAAACCAAGUUUUAAAAAAAUCAGAAAAUCAAGUGAACAUGGCAAAGGAUAAGGACUUCGCACCAAGGACAGUAUUCUUAUCAUCAGAAGCGACUGAUCAGUCUGGUAUCGGAUCUGGGGGCUGUGGAGACCGUGCAGGUGAUGAGAAGGGAACGCAGACUGUAAAUAGAGACUGUGAAGAUGAUGAACAGAAGCAGCAGAAUGUUAAAGAGGGAAUGGAAGAUCUGGUUUUGAAUUCUAACUCACGUGGACAGGUUGGGAAAGCCAACACUCCAAAAACACGUAAAGUUUGUGAAUGUGGCUGUGUACUCUCUAACCAUGUGGAGCCCCCUUGUUCUGACGAGCAAACACAGGGACAGGCAGACGUAAAAGUGGAAAGCUUUGCUGCUGUUCCCCCCUCUCUACACAGCUGUCUUGAUACAGUUCAUCCUUUACAAACUGAUGUAAUCAAAUCAUCAAGCCCGAAACAUGUAUCUGUCCAGACUGAUAAUGACUUGAAUCAGUCCAAUGUAAGUACUAAUAGUUGUAGAGAAGAGACUAAAGUUAUUAUCGAGUUGGAUGAUAUUGAAGACAACAAUGUGGAGGAUAACUGCUCUUCAAAAUUGCUUGAUGAAAGAAACAACAUUUGUGUCAAAAGGGAUCAAGCUAAUCAGACUGACCCCACAGGAAGUUUUGAUGGGAAAAGAGUAAGCAAUUGUUCUGUUGAAAGCUGUUCUAUUUCUGACAUAACCACUCAACAGCUUAAUAAGGCAACCCAAGCGGAGAAUAUUAGAUGUUCGGGUGUGGAAACAUCCCCUGUUAGUGAAGAUUCAGUCAAGAGCUCAGAAAAGGGAUCUCAAAGCUCUGGUAGUUCUCAACUCUCGUGUAAAAGUAAGGAUAGUCAGGUUCAGACUGAUCUUUCCUGCCAGACUGACAGUUCAGAGGCUGAUUCAUCUCUCUGCAAAGAUUCCCCUCUGGACUUCAGCAUGAAAAGGUUAUCGGACUGCAGUUUGAAUUCAAGCAACAAAAAUAAUUCCAGCAGUGUAAAUGAGCAACUUGAUGAAUCUUGUAAAGUCAUGGAAGAAGUCAUUAUUUUGGAUGACAAAAUGGAGGAGCUGAAUGUUGCCAUCAGCUGUAGCAAUGGCAAGGAUGAUGUAUUCCAUGCCCAGCUGCAGAGUUCUAGCGACUUUGUCAUUGACUUGUCUCUCAGUGGAAGGAGUUUCAUCUCCAGCAGUGGAAGCAGUGGCAGUAGUCGAAGCAGCAGCAGCAGCAGCUCUACCGGGAGUAAUAGCAGUUUAGAGCACAUGGAGCUUUUUGAAUUAACGCAGCCACACAUAGUAAAUGCUGGCCUUGCUGUGGGCCUUGAUUUGGCAACGAAGCAGAGGACGGUAGAAACCGGCAGUAGAAAACUGAAUGAGCAAACUUUUAGUACAAUGAAUGAUAAUGCCAGGAAACAAAUAAAUUGUUAUCAAGGCAGACGUAGCGAAGGUGAAAAGGGGAAAAAGGCCUCAGGUUUCAAGGAUGAAGGUUGUCAGUUCUUUCGUAAAAGAAAUGGUGCUCUUAGUUCUUAUCCUAUUAGCCCAGAUUGUCCUAACACCAGGCCUGCUGCAGACUUAGAAGAACCUUCUGACAUGACCGUGAAGAGAAUUUUCCAGAACUGUGAAGGAUCACUAGCUGUCGGAAGAAGCGAUUUAUUAUCAGGACAUGGGACAAGGCAAAAUUUCUGCCCUCCCGGAGAAGACAUGGUUGCAAUAGCUUCAACCUCUUGUUCUUCCACUUCUGUCGUAGUGUCGAGUAAGACAACAGCUCUCACUGGGGAAAAAUUCUCUGCAGCUCACAAGAAAAGACAGAUAUUUUCUAACUCUCGAAGCUUAGAUGAUUCUCGCAAGAACCGUCCCUUCAACUGCUCGCAAGCUAGUGAUAAGAGGCAGCAAGCUCCGGUGCCAAGAGUGUUCAAAAGCCAGUCAAGGAGGUUUAAUAUUCCAAACCCUGCCCCUGCUGGCAGACGAGAAAACCAAGAGAUCUUGCUUCACAGUUACGGUAGUCUUAACACAGGGCAGGGCUUUGCAUUGAUUGAUGGCCAUUUGCAGAGUUGUGAGAUUCUAGAUAAAAAACAGAUUACCUCUACCAGUAAAAAAAAUGUGCCUUGUUGUGCCCUUUCCUCAAAGGGGAGCAAACCCCCUCGGUGCUUUGGAGAUCCUGGCAGUGAGUGGCAUCAAAACACCAAAGUGGAAAAGUCUGGAUCUCGGAGAAUCUUAAGGGAUAAGAUAUCCAAUCUUCAAAGUUCUCAGUCCACUCAUGAAUCCGUUAGCCUCAGUGCACACAAUACAGAUAAGCAAAGUACGGCCGUGUCUAGUGCUACCCUUCAACGGACUGAAAAUAGUCAAGGGAAACUCUUGACAUCUCAAUCUAGAUCAGACAGUUUGUGUAGUCUCAAGGAAAGCAUUUAUCUCCGAAACAAUGACCCUAUUGCCCCUCGUUCAUCUUCAUCAGUGUUUGUUCAAGAUGAGACCCUUGCAUCUGCCGCUCGGGAACUCACAACCAUGCCUGGCUCUUUUCAGACUUGUCAACAGGAAUUUUCAGCCUCGCAAAUGACAAGCUGUUGUGUUCAGGCGAACUGCAGUCAAAGCAGGAGCUAUCUGAAAGUAACUGCUCCACGACCAUUUUGUCCAAUAACUGAGAAUGCAAAAUCAAGUUUUCCUUUAUGCUGGACAGGUCCAGAAAUAGACUCGUCUGGAGGAGUUAAUGGAGUCCAGCCUAGUUGCUUCCUGCCUGUGGCUUCUCAGUUGCCAAGCAUUUCUCAAUCUCAAGACAGCAGGCCCGUCCCUCAGGAUAUUUUUGUCAAUCAAAGCAUUGCCCAAAGACGUGAUCCUGGAGAAUCAUCUAUGAGAUUAAGGAACUCUGAUGGAUCUGUUUCAUACCAACCACAGUGGGAUUCACCUGGUGCCAGUUAUGAUUUUUUACAGAACUUCAACAACAGGAAUUGUAAUAAGCUGUUGCAAGCAAGUAAAAGUUUUGUAAUACCAGAAAAUGCAGUAUCAGUGAGUGAUGGGAUUGGUUCAGGCUCUGAUGUGUGGGCGUCUUUCUCUCCAUUAUCUGAUGUACGGUCAAGCCCAGAGUUUUUUGUUCCAUCUCCCCCAGAGACGUUUGCUAGUUCUUUUUCUCAUUCUGAAUAUCCUCAGCUAAACCCAGAUGUCAGUAUAGGAAAAUCUGCCUGUACUGUCUCUCAAGGCAACUUCCAACCGCAGCCUCCUAAGAGUUUCUCCUCAAGAGGCAAGAAAAAUGUUGAGAGAAGAAAAAAGGACAAUGUUAAUCAAAAGGUCCGUAAGAAGCAAAAAUUUCAGGAUAAUAAAAGUGCUGUGGAGUCGUGUGCAAAUACUUGUUUGUCUUUGAACGACACCAGUCAACCGGAGGAUUUGUCAUCAUCAUCUGCCACCUUUAGUUCAAGCUCGAGUACAAGUAACAGUCCUUUAGUCACGACUUGUCCCAGUAAAGAGCCUGUAGUUGAGUUAUCAAAAUGUACUGCUACGUCCUCUUACUCAGAGUCUACGCCCCACACGCGUUCACCCUUUCCAGUCUCUCUGUCCUGUAGCGUACCUAACAUGGCGGUUUUAGAUUUCCCUAGUCUACAAGGUGUGGAGCUCAAUUCACAAAGGCUUGGAUUACUCGGGGCACUUCAGGAUGAUGCAAAAGAAGACAAUGAUGAAAAUGUUCUGGAUGUCAUUAUGGAAGAAUUGAAUGCUCAGAUAGCCUUAUUGAAAAAUGAAAUUGUGCGGGAAAAUCAACAUGUGACCUUUUCUAGUGAAAGCGGCACAACGUCGGGCGAAUUGCUGCAUACCUGGCAAGGGCCAUCUCAAGAAGCAUUAUCUUCCAUUCAGUCAACAAUUGCGAAGAACGCAGGUGAAGAUGUCUUUCUUUCAAAUAACAAAAAGAAUGUGUCCAAAAUUGUUCAGUCUUUUGAUAAGCUCUGUGAAGGCAUGACCCAGUCUAGUAAUGAUAGGGCUUGCUGGCCCCAAGAAUCUCUGAAUAUGAAAGAGCCCGUCGUUUGUAUUGAAAUUUGUUCAGAUACUGAAUAUGAUGUACUAUAGUCUGAAAUGUUGUUUGUGUAUUUCUGUGGUGCCUCAGGAUGUGAGUUGCUGAUCCCCUAAAUAUUACAGUGUACUGAAGAAUGAGAAAUCUUUAUGUUUGACAAUCAAGCCUUAACCUAAUUGCAAAUGUUGGGCAAUUUUUUUUUUUCUUGCUGCUGGUACUUUCUUGUUAUGUCGUUCUUGGUCGUAUAGACAAUCAGCUGUUGAACAUUUUCCAAUGAAUGUACUGUACUUUUGAAGAAAGUUGUUAAAUGUAUUGUAAAAUUUGAUAUGCUUUAAAAUGAAAUUCUUAUAUAUUUAUGAUAUAUCAUAUUGUCUAUGUGUUUUAAAGGCAGUGAAUCUGAAAAAUUGCCAAUUUGAUUGAUUCAUUGACUUGCAAAAUGGGUGUUAUGAUAAAAACGAUUGAUAUAUUCUGUGAAAUGGUUAUGGGUGUGAAUCUGUGUUUAUGAUAUAUACUUCACUAACAGGUAGCAAGAGCUUACGAUGAUUAGGGAAAGAGAACGGAAUGUUUUUGCAUUUAAAAAUAAGGAUUAUUAAAAAGAAAGCCUAAGCAAUGUCAUAAGACACACUUAUUUUUAGACUAUUACAUGCGUCGGUGGAUUGAUUUAUAAAGGUCUAUGCCUUGUUUUACAGAAGUGUCAAAGUUAGUUUUAGUAUUAAUUAAGAUUGCCAAGGAGUGCAACUGCCUGUACAAUGCCUGGAUCCUUUCUUGAAAUGGUGUUUUUUCUUUGGCUAGAUAAUAUCACUGACUGCUUGAAUUUACGACUGGUAUCUGACAUAAGUGCACAAAAGCCACUGAAGUUUUAUCGCCAUAAAAUGAUAAUAACUUGGUCAGAAGAUUCCUAAGUUAUAAGUGUAUUUUGUGGUGCAGCAGGAUGUUGUAAAUUGCUGAUCCCCUUCAUGUUACGGUGUAUUUAAUCCUCAAAUGAAGGCUGCAUAGUCACGUUAGGAACAGACAUGUUUAGAUAUGGCCAAUGAAGAUCUCUUGUUAUCAAGGUAUGUUUAAAAGAAUCAAUAACUGUUAUAAUUCUACUUUUGUCUAUGCAAAGUGUCCUGAAAACAUGGCAUAAAAUAUUGUUUGAAAAAGCCUCUGUGAUGAAGAAAAACAAGUGGGAUGGAGGUCACAAAUAUGUUCGUUGUAUGCUUUGAAGGGUCACAUUUUUUUGGUGUGAGCAUUCUUUUUCAAAGACUUUUUGCACUUAGACAAAACAUCGUUAUCGUUUUCAUAUUGAAAUCUACUGCUCAUUGUACAAAAUAUGUGGAGAUAAGAGGUGUGGGCAUGCUAAUGAUGUCAGUGAACCAGAAAAUGUCAGCAUGCUCAAUGCUCUCUCCUUCAACUCCCAUUGUACAGCUUUCUGAUAAAAAAAACAACUGUCUGUAGUCAUGACUUUAGUUAUAUACCGUCAGUGUUUUUUUGGUUAGCACUCUGGCCUCGUCUGGUCUUUUUUUAUUUUCAGUCUUAUUAUUAACCACAUGUGUUCCUUGCAAGAUAUGAUUGUAAUUUGUAAUGGCUACACUGUAGAUGACAGCCUUACCUUGAAGCUUUAUGAUUGAGAAUGCUUUCUGCUUUUUCGAAACCUUUUGUUUAUUUGUUUUAUCCAAUGAAAGUUCAGAUGCUUUCUAGUGAAAUAAAGUUUUUGAUAUUGCUGUGCAUUUCCAGUUUGCUUUGCUCCAAGCAUUGCUCUUUUUUAAAUGUCUGGUUUUGCCAUUUGCUGUUCAAAUUACUUGGAGUACUUAGGGAAGGGAGGGGGUUCUGAAAAAAAAAGCCUGUAAAUUCAUACCUGAACAGGUAUAUUGCGAGCUGCAAAAUAUUUGCAAUUUUAAAAAUGUUAAUGUUAUCUGUGCCUUUGUCAUUGACUCAUUUUUACAGAGAGAAUGAAUGGGGAUUCCGCCAUUUUUACUCAAUUACUCCCUAACUGAUUUUAAGUUUCCAUAUUAAUGUUUCAGUUUUCAAUGGUGAUUAAUUUCAUUUCCAUCCUAGUCAUGCACCAACACUUCAGUGAACACAUUUUGUCCUUCACUACGGUAUACGUCAUUCUGUUUGAGCUGCAAGAUCCAAGGUGGACCAAAAUGGAAAAUUGUGUGGGGUUCGAUUCUGAGUAGGAAAUACAUUCUUUUAGUCUUUCUUGGAAUUUUUUUUAUCGGAGCCUUUUCUCCUGACAGGUGGCUAAGGAUUUUGCUGUUUGGCCGUGUCAGUCCAGAAAUUGUCAUUGUCAUUGUCAUUAAUUUAUGAGUUGGUGGCACCCAGUUCUUUAAAGAUUAUUGUAGCAGUACCGUGGUCUGUGAUUUAAUGGAAAGGCUCUUCACAGUUGCAUACACAAGUUUUGAAUUUGAUUCCUGCAUAGAGCAGUUUGUCUAUCAGUCUCUUUGAUUAUUUUUUUUAAUGGGGGGAAACUUGUAAAGUCAUUCUAUUAAUGAUUAACCCAAUCUGUACGUCGUGUUUUACUACUGUAUCCAUUCAAUGUGGGGAACUCUGUGCCUCCACUU